GGGCCGGGCCGGAUACAAGAGACGAGCAACACCGCACGAGCACACGCACAUCUUUGGACACGAGAAGCACAGGAUGUCUCAAUCACUGCGACCUUAUCUGGACUGCGUCCGCAGCUCUCUGACGGCGGCGAUCUCGCUUCAGAACUUCCCGUCGCAGGUCGUCGAACGUCACAACAGACCCGAGGUCGAAGCAAACUCAACGCCAGAAGUCAUCCUCAACCCUCUACAUAUCUCCCGCAACGAGCACGAGAAGGUGCUGAUAGAGCCCAGCAUCAACUCGGUCCGCGUGAGUAUCAAGAUCAAGCAGGCGGACGAGAUCGAGCAUUUGCUGGUCCACAAGUUCACCCGCUUCUUGACCGGCCGUGCUGAGGCUUUUAUGAUUUUACGGAGAAAGCCGGUUAAGGGCUAUGAUAUCUCGUUCCUGAUCACAAACUUCCACACCGAACAAAUGCUCAAGCACAAGCUAGUCGACUUUAUCAUCCAGUUCAUGGAAGAAGUAGACAAGGAAAUCUCGGAAAUGAAGCUCUUCCUCAAUGCCAGAGCUCGAUUCGUAGCCGAGGCGUUUCUUACAAACGUCUGAUUUGUUUGUUGUAUAGAUGAAAUAUAGUGGUUGUGUUUAUCAUAAAUCAUUCCAG